GGAAAGAAACGUGUGUAGAGAUGCAAUGGUACAUUUGGAGACUGACGAUGCCUUCAAGUUGUGAGGGAAGAGUGAAUGUCAAGAGGCUUCAACAACGACGCUGAAAGAUGAGAAGCUUUACGGAAGUGGUAAUUGACAGAGCUCUAAGUGGUGGUCCCUGCCUAGGUACCCAGGUACUUCCCAACUGCCAAAGUCCGACGCGUGCAUUCCCAGGCACCAGUGGUGGACGCAGCUUGGGUGGAGCUCGUGCCUACCUCCUGCCAUGUCCCAGUAUGCAAACGACUUUGGAAGGGACAAACCCGCCCUCAAACUUGACAGGCAGAGAUGUCAGUCCGGGCACAAAAGCCAACUCUCUACCUUCGCGCGUUAACGACAACGCUGAACAUCGAAUACUGCCCAACGAUUCUCAACACAUACUUCGUGAUACAUGGUCGCCUGAAGAGCCUGCGCCAACAUGGCUUCUGAAGCGCCAGAUCACCUUUCCCGCUUGCCCGCCGAACUCCUCUGCCUGGUAGUCGAGAACGGCAGCCUGUCGACGGGCGAUCUUGCAGCUCUCGCGGCCACUUGUCGAAGAUGCUACAUCCUCGCCAAUCCCAUCCUCUACCAGAAGCAUCUCAAGGAGAAUGCUGGCAUUGCUUUGAUAUGGGCAGUUGAGCGCGGACGCUUCGGUACCAUCACGAGGCUCUUGGAAAAUGGCGCCGACAUCAACGACGACGGGAUGUUUUGGGCUUACGUGGAGCAGAAGGAGACCCUGGAUGCCUGGAAUGUGGUUUUCGACUGGAAUCCUCUUUCCAUCUUCACGCCACUGGCACUUGCAGCAGCUCUUGGUAGCGACAACAUGGUCACUUUUCUGCUGGACCACGGUGCCGAUGUUGAGCAGCCAGGCAAAGGUCUAUGCACUUGCGCCAACGGCGAGAAUUGUGUUGGCCUGAACUUCCCUCCACUUUCGUGCAACGGGGGUGCGGAAGAUGAGAGUUACAUCAUGGACCUUGAAAGUGAGUUUGCUUGGGCCCCUCUGCACUUGGCCCUGUGUCGUGGCCACCAGUCAACGGCGAUACUACUCAUGGAACGAGGUGCCGACCCGCGAGGAACAUGUCCUGGCGAAGCAGGUCCAUGGAACGCUCUGCACACAGCAACCAGACUGAAGCAGGAGAAUGUCAUCAACUACAUCUUGGACAACAAUGUCGUCGACAUCAAUGAAGGUGGCCACGAGGGACUGACACCGCUGCUCCUCGCGUACUACGAGGGACACUACCACCUCGUUGACCGCUACAUCAACCUCGGCGCAGAUAUCAAUGCGGUCUGGAAAUCCAGCGACGGUGGCUGGACAAUAUUUGCCAUGGCCUGUCUGCGAGAAGAGUGGGACCGGAUCUCGUACCUUCUGCGACUCGGUGCGGAUCCCGACUUCGUUCUCAAAGACGACGAGUAUGGAGAUAAAUGGACGGCCCUUGGUCUCAUCUAUGGAGGGUUGUAUGGGGAUGGGCCCAGGAAAUGGAGCUGCUCGUGCAGCAAAUAUGUUUUCGACACCGAUGAAAGAAUUAUGGUCGAGCAACAGAUCAUCCAGGCCAAAGUAGACAAGGCCGUGGCCCAACGAUUACAGGGAGACGCACCCUGAGGUGGAAUUUCAAUGUCCAGGGAAACUGACGAGAUUUCACUCUAUCUCACCUAGCAGAAUUUCUCGAAUCACAGGUUGCAAGUGGUGCUCCACGAGUGGGAAUUUGCAUUCAAAUAGCUCUCAUCGAAGCUUUACAAGCCAAGUUCAAGUUCACAAGUUUCAACACGUCGCGGGGUCAUUGUGAUUACAUCAAUUAAUAUGUACAGAC